AUGGGAGCGGAGGCCAACGGCGGCGGGGCGCAGCGGGCCCGGUGGGGCUCCCGCCUGGCCUUCGUCCUCGCGUGCGUGGGGUCGGCCAUCGGCCUGGGCAACGUCUGGCGCUUCCCGUGGCUGUCAUACAAAUUCGGAGGGGGAGUCUUUCUGGUGCCCUAUUUUCUUGCCCUGCUGCUGCUGGGGCUGCCGCUGCUGGUCCUGGAGCUCGGCGUGGGCCGACUGUUCCAGGCCGGCGACGUGGAGGCCUUCGGGAGGAUCAGCCCCCGCCUGCGGGGCGUGGGCCUCAUAUCUGUCCUGGGGAGCUUCUUCACCGUUACUUACUACGUGAACAUCAUCGCCUGGUCGCUGGUCUACUUCGCGGGCAGCUUCGAGGAUCCCAUGCCAUGGGCCGGCGACCCCGACAAGUCCAAGGCCUGCCAAGAGUCCUCCGCCUUCGUUGAGGCCAGGGAUUUCCUGUUCAACGAGGUGCUGCGCGCCGCCGACGACGAUCAGCUGGACGCCGGCAAAUCCCACGUCAUUUCCGGAAGCGUUUACGCGGGCCUCGUCGUCACUUGGGUGGUCAUCUUCUUCACCCUGGCGUUUGGGGUCAAGGGUGUCAGCCGGGUUGUGGCCGUCACCGUGCCGCUGCCGUUCCUGCUGCUGGUUGUCAUGCUUGUGUACAACGCCACGCUGGAGGGCGCUCGAAACGGCAUCGAUGCCUACAUCGGGAAUUGGGACUUCUCGGACCUUGGCCAGAAAUUGAUUUGGCCCCAAGCCGCCAGCCAGAUCUUCUUCAGCAACGGCGUUGGCUUCGGUAUCCUGACGGCGUAUGGCAGUUUCACUGCUGAGGAUUCAGACCUCGUUGCGGACUCCACGAUAAUAGCCCUGUCCAACUCCGGAGUCAGCAUCCUUGCGGGCUUCGUCGUUUACGCCAUCGUGGGCAACGUCGCCCACGAGUACAACUGCCCCAACGUGGACACCGUGGCGGACUCCAGCGGGCCCACCCUGGCCUUCGUCACCUACCCUGCGGGCAUGCUGUCCUUUCCGGACGGCGUGUCCAACCUCAUGAGCACCAUAUUCUUCCUGACGCUCUUCACGCUGGGCAUUGACAGCGCCUUCGCACUUGUGGAGUCCCUCACCACGGUUCUCAGGGACACCGCGAGGUUCAGGAACACAAACCCUGCACACGUCACCGCGUACACAUGCUUUGUCGGCUUCUUGAUCAGCACUCUGUAUUCCACCGAUGUCGGACUUGCUCUCCUGGAUUCCGUGGACCACAUGCUCCUCACGUACUUGUUUCUGAUAAUUGGCCUCAUCAAGGCAGUGGCCAUCUCCUGGAUUCACGGCUGGGAUGUCAUGGCCAAGCGCGUCGGCGCCGCGUCAGCCAACAUUUACACCGUGGGCUACGGUCUCGCUGUCGUCAGCACGGUGGCCUUGGCCUCCGGUCUGUGGGACAUCAUGGAGGAAUGGAAGUAUCUGGCGCUGGCGAUAUCUUACGGUCUCGCAUCUUUUGGCUUCACCACCAUCGUGGCCUUUGCGGCGCGGCGACAUAAAGGCAUGGCCUUGGGACAGUGGUGGAGCAACGUCGUCUUUGCGGGGACGGAAGCCUUCAGGAACCACAUCAACGAGGCUGCUAGAAAGCACGGCAAAUGGACUCUCCACUGGGUGUGGGACGUCAUAGUGAAAUACAUCGACCCCGCCAUCCUUGCGGGCCUCAUUGUCAACGGCGUUUUCAACGACGCCACCAACACGAAGAGCGAUUUCUACAACUACCCAGCCUGGGUACAAGCCGUGGGAGUCGUCGUCGUGGUAACGCUGCUAAUUGUUUUCGUGGCCCUGGCUGCGUUCCCAUCAUUGUGGACAUCGUUCUUUGGCGGUGACAAGGCUCCGACACAGGUGGCGAAGAAGUCCUCGGCACAGAGAGUGGCGUCGCAGGGGGAGCAAAGCCAGGCCGCCAAAGCACCAUUCAUGACGGACAGCAUGCUAAGAUCGUAG